AUGAUGAUCAAUUCAAAUAAGUUUACAAAAAAUGAAAAUAUGAUUAGGAGAGCAGUGACACUUAGAAUAGAUCAGCAUAAUGCAGAAGUAAAAAGAUUGUAUAAACGUUAUUCAAUGUCACUUUAUUAUUCUUUAGUUUCUAAACAGGAUAUUGAAGUUGAAGACGAACUUGCUCAAGUACAAAAAACUUUGCGUGAAUUGAAAUCUAAUAUUUCUAUUCAAUCAAAGAAAAACUUUUUAUUGGAAAAAGAUGUUCGAUUCUUGGAUUCUCGAAUAGCUUUACUUAUACAAAAUAGAAUGGCAUUACAUGAGCAUGAUUUCAUUUCUCAAGUUGAAGACAAUGAUGCAACUAAUUUGGCUCAGUAUCCCGAUAAUCAGAUUGACGCUUUAUUACAGACAGUCAUGUUUACUUUAUAUGGUAAUCAGUAUGAAAGUAGAGAAGAAAACUUGUUAUUGACUAUGUUUCAGAACGUACUUGCUGCUCAAUUUGAAUCAACUAUGGAUUUUGGUUCAUCGUUGAGAGCCAAUACACCUGCAUCACGUAUGUUAACGACUUAUACUAGAAGAGGUCCAGGUCAAUCUUAUUUAAAAUCUGUCUUGUCUGGUAAAAUUAACGAAUUAAUUGAACAAAAGGAAUUAAAUCUUCAAAUAAACCCAUUAAAGGUAUAUGAAGAAAUCAUUGAAAGAAUGGAAAGAGAGAAUAGUUUACCUCCUGGGUUUAAUAAGAGCGUUACGCCUGAAGUCGCUGCUGCAAAUACCGAAGUACAAGCUAUCAUCGAACCUCGAAUUAAGAAAUUAAUAGAGUUAGCAAAUGAAUUCUUAACUGUCAUCAUUCAAUCUUUGGAUAAAAUACCCUAUGGAAUUCGAUGGAUUUGUAAACAAAUUCGGUCACUUACAAAAAGAAAAUACCCAAACGCAACCGACUCUGCUAUCUCUUCUCUUAUUGGAGGGUUUUUCUUUUUAAGAUUUAUUAAUCCUGCUAUUGUCACGCCACAAGCUUAUAUGUUAAUUGAAUCCUAUCCUGGAACUCAUCCUAGAACGACUUUAACACUGAUUGCAAAAAUGUUACAAAAUCUUGCUAAUAAACCUAGUUAUUCAAAAGAAACCUAUAUGAUACCCACAAAUUUAUUUGUAAAUGGAAACAAGCAAAGAAUGAAUCAAUUUUUAGAUGAUAUUUGUAAAGUCAGUGAUUUCUAUGAGACACUAGAAAUGGAUCAAUAUAUGGCUUUAUCAAGAAAGGAUAUCUCGCUUCAUAUUACCUUGAAUGAAAUGUAUACAAUACAUCAUCUACUUCAACAACAUAUUCAUAAAAUGGCUCCUGAACCCACUCAUCGAUUACGAAUCUUACUUCAAGAUUUAAGCUCUGCUCCUAAACUACUAUCUCGUUCAAUGAAUAAAUCGAUACGACUCUUACUUUUUAGUCGAUGGGAGACAAGUCCAAUCAUGAUGGAUCAACACAUUUUACCUUAUCAUCAAUGUCAUUAUCAAUUACACUAUCCAAUUCAUUAUCAACAUGAAAGGGAUAAUAAUAGUAAUAGUAUUACCCAGAAUGAUAUCAUGUAUAUGGAAGCAAAAUCUAUUUAUGUUCAAAUCAUACGCUCUUUACCUCAUACUCUUCAACUCUGUCAUCAUGAUACAACAUCACUAGAUUUAAUCAAGAUUGCUCAAACUGCAAGCUCAACGAAGGAUACUCUCUUAGUUAAUAAAGGCAUCAAGGCAUUAUCGCUCUUAAAGAAUCUCGAGAAUGUAGGCAUCAUCAGUUCUGAUAAUCAUUAUGAAUUACUUGUACAGGAGAUUCAACAAGAGUUAAUUCAACUUGGGAAUCUAAAGGACCAUGUUAUAUCAGAGAUCAAGUCACUAAAACAAGUAUACAAGACAAUUCAAGAUCAUAACGAUUAUCUUUCGAGUCAAUUAGAGACAUAUAAAGCUUAUUUACAAAAUGUAAGGAUGCAAAGUACGGGUGGCAGUACGGGUACCAGUCAUGGUAGCAAUAAUAGUAAUACUACUACUACUACUACUAUCCAUAGUCAUCAAAUAAACCAUGAUACUACUCUAGUUUCUGGUUAUUAUACCAAAUCUGACCUGGUGUCAGAUCCAUCAUCUACAAACAAUAUUACAACAAAUCAAUCUACAACUUCAUCUCCAUUUUCUUCCAAAUCUACUAAUCAACAGCAACCACCUAAUCUAAUCUAUGAUUCUCAUACCACUGCAACUAUAAAGGAAGAAAAAAGGAAUCAUUUGAAAUCGAAUGAUACUUAUAUCAAGCGAAGGCCCCUGAAUGGUCCUUUCAAAUUUAGUCAUCAACAAUUAGAAAGAGAAGGCAUCCUGGUUGGAUCUGAAGUUCCAGAUUAUAGAAGAGCCAAUAUCUAUCUUAUGAUUCAGUCACCUAUCACAGGCACAUUUAUUAUUUCUUUACAUUAUAAAGGAAGAGAGAAACCUAUUUUAGAAAUUGACUUGAAACUAGAUGAUUUAUUAGAAAGGCAAAAAGAACAAAUCAAAUGUCUUGACCUUGAAUAUGUAAAAUUAAAUGUAAACAAGACAAUACAACUGAUAAACAAGUCCUUUAAAGGAAAAAGCAGGCUUAGUUUCUUCUAA